AUGGCUUCAAGUACAACAACAAGUAGCCGGUCAAUGGAGUCGAGAACCGGGCGUUCAAAGCAGAGAUAUAACUCAAAAGGCGAACGGCUAGUUGCUGGUGUUGUUCCCCUGACUGAAGACAAACGAUUUGUUCUACUCAUCCAAUCAGACCGGAGAAAAGGCUGGGUUCUGCCAAAAGGCGGCUGGGAAACCGACGAAGAUUGCCAGUCGGCCGCCCAGAGGGAGGCUUGGGAAGAGGCUGGCAUUAUUGUCCAGAUCGAGUACGAUCUGGGCGAUAUUGUCGAAAGCCGCCCACCAAAAGCGCCAUCAAAAACAAAGAAGCGCGAAAAGGCGCUCUAUCGGUUUUAUGAAGGCACCGUCGUCAGCGAGGAGAACGAGUGGCCCGAAAAGAGCAAACGGGAUCGCUGCUGGAUGACCUACGUCGAUGCAGCUGAGGCCUUAAAAGAGCGUCCAGAACUUCUAGAGGCGCUUGAACGAUCAACAAUAAAACGCCUCGUUUGA